AUGAUUUCAAGCAGUGAGCCUUUGGAGAUAAGUAGCAAUGAGCUGGUUCACAUCCUGAGGACCCCCAUGGAGCAGUACACCUCUGCUGGCUGUGUGGUGCUCGACUGCAGACCCUUCCUCAAUUUUUCCUUUGCGCACAUUUGCGAGUCCCGAAACGUCAACUGGAACUCAAUGAUGCGCCGUAGAUCCAAGAGCUCGGUGGUGGCUCUGGAGUGGCUCAUACCGGACAAGGCGCUCCUGGGCCGGCUGCGGCGCGGGGACUUCUCCCCGGUGGUGGUGGUGGAUGAGAGCAGCCGCUCCGUGGCCGAGCUGAGGCCGGAGAGCGUGGCGCAGAUGCUACUCACCGCCCUGCACAACGAGGUUAACACGCAGAUCUGCUUCCUACAAGGUGGAUUGGAGGGAUUUUCGGAGGCCUAUCCAGAGCUCUGUUACAGCUCAGCCUGCAGUCAGCUCUCUGCAGUGGAACCAGAGCCCAUGGUGACGGGUCGGAGAACACCAGCAUAUGAUCGGGAUGGUCCGGUGGAGCUGCUGCCCUUCCUGUUUUUGGGCAGUGCCAUCCACUCCUCCCGCAGAGAGACCCUUGCAGCAGCGGGCAUCACUGCUGUGCUCAACGUUUCCUCCACAUGCCCAAACUUCUAUGAGGGGGAUUUUCAGUAUCUGCAGCUCAUGGUGGAGGACAAUCUGGCUGCUGACAUCGGAGCCUGCUUCUCCACAGCCAUCGCUUUCAUCGACUCGGUGAAGCAGAGUGGUGGUCGGGUGCUGGUGCACUGCCAGGCAGGUAUUUCCCGCUCCGCCACCAUCUGUCUGGCCUACCUCAUGCACACGCAGCGCGUCAAGCUCGACGAGGCCUUCGACUUUGUGAAGCAACGCCGCCAGGUCAUCUCCCCCAACCUGGCCUUCAUGGGACAGCUGCUGCAGUUUGAAACUGACGUGCUGUGCCAGGGAUGAAGACAUUGACACAUUUUAUAUGACUGUUAUUUUUUUAUGAGGAAAGCUACUUGUGCUGCUGGCAUCACAAGGCUGGGGAAGCUGGACUUUUACUUUCAAGAGGAACUGAAAAACAGCAGAUGGUAAUAUAAAGGUGUUAUGAACAAUUGUGAUUCUGAGCCAGCAAGUUGGAGCAGCAAUCGGGUGACUUCCCUGACAUUGUUUAUACUCAAGGGGAUGGGGCCUGGUUGUUGAGUGUGUGUGUGUGUGUGUCUUGGUAUUGUGUUUGACUUAUGUGCCUGAUCAUUGUAAGGGCUGUCUUAUUUUUAUAUUGCAGUCAUUCCUUCACAUUUACAACCACUGUGACACUACUUAAGGCAAUGCUGGAAGACUCAAGUUUAUUUGUGAAAGUUAUAGAAAUGCAAUAACUUCUGUUGGUUUGGUAUCAUUCUGUAUCCUGAGAUGGAUUACACUCGGUGCAUUCAAGCUGGAAGAAGAUGUUUUUGUCAUGUGAAUCUUAUUUUUAAUUAUUAUUUCAGUAUGUCUGACGGUGUUAGCAUUAUUACUGUCUUUUACUGCACUUUAUCGUUUGGCUGAUUCCUGCUGUUUUUUCCACUUAAAUUAAAACAUGUUGGAGAACAA